CGGGAGGGGAUUGAGAUUUAGGGUUUUUCUAACGCAGGUCCAUCCCCGCCCCCAAAGAUCCGGGGGGUCAGAGUUCUAUUACGUCGGAAGAACCUCUUGUAGCCGAGCCUGAGCGCCCAGUUAACAAGCGGGGAGCCUUCUCAGCGCCCGCGGAACUACAAUACCCAGAGUGCCCCGGACCACACCGAGUCGUCGCCCCUCAUUCUCUACCCUUGACACCCCGCUCGAGCCAAUCAAUCACUAUCCCGUCGUUUGGCCGGCUCGGAGACCGGGACAGGCCGGGGCGGGAGUCGGGGUUCUUCCUUUGAGGGGCGGGCCGAGUGGAGGCUCCGCGCCCUCACGCGCUCCCGCUGCGGCCGCCCGGCGAGCCCAGGAGCUCUGCCCCCCGCCCCGCCCCGCCCCGCCCCGCCCCGCUCCGCCCGGAGGCUCCCUCCCUCCUGCCCUCUCUCGGCCUGGCGACUCCCGAGCGAGUCCCAAAAAGGAAAAACGGUUCCUUUCACAAAAGGUCCUGCCAUUUCCAAAAUCGGCACAGAGCGGAUCCUCAGAGUUGUCACUUCAGGACCAUGGCUACAGCGCUUGGUCUGCAGCUUCAGUCUCACCAGGAGCAGGAAGAGAUCCUCAUUGUGAAGGUAGAAGAAGAUUUCCCUUGGCAAGAAGAACCUCCUUUGCAAAGGAAGGAUCCCAAUCCAGAGACCUUCCGUCAGCUCUUUAGGCUGUUUUGCUAUCAGGAGGUAGCUGGCCCUCGGGAAGCUCUCAGCCGACUCUGGGAGCUCUGUUGUCAGUGGCUGAGACCAGAGAUGCGUACAAAGGAGCAGAUCUUGGAACUGCUGGUGCUGGAGCAGUUCCUGACUGUAUUGCCAGGGGAGAUCCAGACAUGGGUACGGGAACAGCAGCCAGAGAGUGGUGAAGAGGCAGUGGUCCUGGUUGAGGGUUUGCAGAAAGAACCCAGGAAGCAGAGGCAAUGGGGAGUCACGCGGCAAGAGGCCAGGUUCCAAGAGGAGGGAGCACAGAAGUCCUGUCUUGGACCACAGGAACAGCCACACUAUAGAUCCAAAAAGAAUUUCCAACUGCGGCCAAAGAGAGGUUCACCUGUUUCCCGGGUUUCUGCCCUCUUCAGGGAGGAGAGCACUAGAGAACAGCAAACAGCAAGUGCAUUAAUCUCUGCCUGGUCCCAGAUGCCAGUGACAUUUGAGGACAUGGCUUUGUACCUCUCCCAGGAGGAGUUGGGGCACCUGGAACCAGUUCAGAAAGAACACUACAGGGAUGUCCUGCAGGACAAUUAUGGAUGUGAGAUCAAGAUUGAGAAAGAAGAUUCCAAGGAGGAUUCAGCCAUGAAAAUGGAAUUGUGUAGAACCUUGCCAGAGAAGUCCAGGGAACAUGGUCUUCAGGCAGCUUGUCAGGGGCAGACUUGUCUAAUUCGACCAGAAUGUCAUCAGGGCUAUCCACUGAUUGAGGGAAAGAGCCAAACUCCUGUUCAGGAAAGGAAUAUAAGUCUUCAGAGAGUCUGUAUAGUAGAGAAACCCUACAAAUGCCUUGAAUGUGGAAAAAGCUUUAACAAAAGUUCUCAUUUGAUCAAACAUCAGAGAACUCACACAGGGGAGAAACCCUAUAAGUGUCUUGUAUGUGGAAAGGGCUUUAGUGACCGUUCCAAUUUCAGUACCCACCAGAGAAUUCAUACUGGAGAAAAACCCUACAAAUGCAAUGAAUGUGGGAAAUGCUUCAGCCAGAGCUCAAGCCUUGUCAUACAUCGAAGAACUCACACUGGAGAAAGACCCUAUAAAUGUGGGGAAUGUGGGAAAAGCUUUAAUAAUAGCUCUCAUUUUAGCGCACACCGGAGAACCCACACAGGUGAGAAACCCUACACAUGCCAGAAUUGUGGGAAAAGCUUUCGUCGGGGCACUGACCUUAAUAAACAUCAGAGAACACAUACAGGAGAGAGGCCCUAUAAAUGUGAGAUAUGUGGAAAAAGUUUCACACGAAAACACCAGCUUGUAACACAUCAGGAGGUUCAUGCAGGGGAGAGUUAUGUUCACUGAAUGAGGUUUGGAGUAAUCUUCCACUCAAGCUCAGCUUUUCAGAGAUAUAAUAUACAGCCCUCCUCUUGUUUGAGGGACAUUUAUUUUCAGGAUUUUGAACUUUAUAACGAUGAUUAUAGGACUAUGCUAUUCAUUUUACAGAAUCAGAAACCAUUAACUUACAAAAAUUUGAAUACAUUAUGAGUUAUCAAAUGGUAGCUAUUACCAUGGCAUAUCACAGUCUGAUUUUAUUACAGAUUGCUAAGAAGUUUUAUGAAGGUGAAGAGAUUUCUGAUAGGGAAAAUGGCACAAAAAUAUUAUUUCCACUGACUGCAUGGUUCAGGCCUAAUCACCAUUCUGAUUCUUUCUUGUCAAUCAUUUUUAACUCAAGUCUUUUGUACUUUUUUGCCCUAAGAACGUAUCUCUGAUCUUCUGGGGGUUGUCAUUGAAAAAGAAGGGUUUGCUUUAUAGAAAUGUAUUUUGUUGCCAGUCUUGCUAAAAAUUAUCUGUUCUGUAGAAGGAUAUUUUUCAGGUGCAAAUAGCCAAUGAAGAGAUCAUUUUUACAUGCUGGCACAUUACCUAUCCAGCUUAGCAAGCCCUGAAUGUUCCUUUUUUAAUUGUUCUUGUUGAAUCUGAGAACUUGGAGUUAAAGGACCAUCUCCUCUUCCUAACUCUGGAUUUAUCUGUGAGUUUUUAGGUUGUUUAUAGCCAUCCAUUCCUGGAUCUUUCCAAAGUAAAAAAGAUCAGUCUGGAGUUUCCAAUUCAGUUCUCAAUCCUGUCUAGGCACCUAAAGUUUGUUCUCUCCUAGCUAUUUAGUAUUUAUAAUCUGGUGUAUGGCUCAUGAGGAAUAGUAGAGACGAUUUCUUCUGUUAGAUUCAAAGAGCUGGUUUCCCAGUAACAACCAAUUAAACUUGUUCUCAGUUUUUGCAGGAAAGGACUAAUUCUAGAAUAGUUCUAGCUAUUCCUCUCUUGGGGCAGCCAAGAAAAAGGCACUCAGUUUUAGUUUUUCCCAUCACCAAAUCCAUAUGUGUAUUUUUAUAUUUGACAGUAUUACCUUCAUUACCUAGCCUUGGGCUGUGGUAAGACUUUAAAACAUAUACCUAUCUCUCUUCAUUCCUUUAAUAAAGGCAAUACUUUUUUUCCCCUUG